AUGCCGGGUCGCGCCUUUGCGCCGGGUGGAGACAUCUUCAACAACCUGCAGGUCUCCAUCACCAUCCGCCAGGCAACCUUCCAGAUGUAUGGCAGCCUCCAGGUCUCCCACGCGCGAGGCUUUCUAGAACCCGCGAUCCUCCAAGGCUUCUCAUCGGCUCCAUUCAUCGAUCAAGUCGUGGUCCCCAACAAGACGAACACCCUGGCAAACUUUUUCCUGAAGUACAAUCCGUUGGAGGGCAGUGCAGCCCAGCUCACGGGCUUCGAUGCCUUCGAGGCACCAAAGCCUGGCCAGACGGCAGAGCAGGUCGUUCCCGCCUUGAUGUAUGAUUUCGGGUCCCACGUGUGCCCACACGUGACCAUGGGCGGCUCGUGGCGUGUCACGGCCAAUUAUGCCAGCACCGUCAGCCAGGAAAAGCUGGAAGUCGAGCGGGCGACCUCUGAUGCCAUGAUGAAGGCUCGUGCAGAGGCUUGGGGAGCCAAUAUCAACGGUGCGGCCAGCAAAAACGGUGCGGCAGGAGGAGUUGCCGGUGGAACUUCGCAUUCUUCAGGCAAUCAGAAAAACUCCGGCGAUUCAUCGGGCAGCAAGGAUGUGCAGCUGGUGGCCAUGAAGAAUGCCACAAUGACCGUGGAGCAAACCUGGAAGGGAGGAGCGCCAGGGGUCAGCGCGGCCGACUGGCGACGGAGCCUCGAUUCUUCGAUGAGCUCAAACUGGAAGGUGAUUCAGCGUGACCUCACCCGCUGUAUCGGCCUCUGGAGCUUCAUGGAUGACCCGUUCUUAGCGGAUGCAAUGUGCUCGCUCUGGGUGCAGCUUUUCAUGGAGGCUCAGAACGUCACCGCCGGAAACAAUUACACAAACGGCCGCGAGGAUGGCGUUCCCGGCCAGGUUCCCCCCGAGAUCAUGAGAGCCGCCUGCUCCACCACGCAGAACAUGCAGUACCUCAUCGAGUACGCGCAGAACUCGUCUCAGUGGCAACAGAAGCUCGCGGAGGAUGCCUGCAAGGAUCAGCACCCCGGCCACCACUGGGCACCUCCCGACCAGUGUUUGAUGAAUCAGUGCUUCUGCACUGUCGAAGGCCAGAGCCUCAAAGGCACCAGCAGCAAGGAUUGCCCUGAAAACGGCAAGACGGACUGCGCGGGCUGCUGCACAUUGGAGCAGAGGGUGUUUUGCAAUGCAAACGCGUGUGCGACGGGCUUUGUUCUAAAAGCAAAUGCUGCAAAGUACCAAUGCCAGCUGGCAACUUGCGAGCCCGCGAACGACAACAGCCAGUGCUGCAUGCCUGCGGAUGUUGCGAGGAACUUCCGCCUGACUUUCCAAGUCAGCCCGGAAGAACAUUGCGGAACAGACUCGAACAUACAGGCGCUGUUGAAAUAUCAUGGCGGCGAGGGACCCACAGUGCUGCUGAGUUCGUCAGGGAACGACUUCGAGGCGGGACAGCAAGAGACAUUUUCCUACGCCUUCCCAGAUGCAGAGCAUCCCACUCAAAUCUGCGUCUACAACGAAGGGGACGAUGAGCUGUGCCUCGACUGGGUGAAGAUUGCGAACUCCGACGGCCCAACCCCCUUGCACUUGGGGAUCACGAACAACUGGCCUCCGCUGAGCAAAGACGAGGACGACCAGAAGGAGGACGGCGCCGUGUACGGCACAUGCAUCGACAUCUCCUACGACUACGUGUGA